UGGAGGCUGAUAUGACGACAACAGUUGGCGAGCCGGAUCCUGGACAGCACCUGAAACUUUCCCGACUUGUUUAAAAACCGAGGAGAACGCCAUGCGUCGUCUCCGAUAGAGCCCAGCUCCUCCACUCCACUCCGACUACCCGCUGAGGGCGAGGACACCAAGAGCUACACGGUCAUGGGUUCAGGCCAGCCCUGUGUGGACCCUCCAGAGCCACGACCCGUGCCGGGUCCAGCCCGGAAGCAGCUGGGCCGGCGGCGUCUGCGGAAAAAGCUAAGGCCAGCGAGAAUCUUAGGGUUGGUCGUCAGCCUGGUGGCCUUAAGCGUCGUCUCCGUCAGUGCCUUGACCCGAAGCUCAGAUGGUCCCAGUGAGCCAGCGCUACUCCAGGAGACUCUUCACCAGUCGGCCCCCCACAGGACCCUACUGUUCACCCAACACCAGAAGGACCCAAAUAUGUCUGCCGACACGCCCAUAGCCAUGAAAUCCACAGCAGACGACAACGAGACCCAGGGGGAGUACCCGCCGGAUCUUUUUAGCCUGGAGCAGAGGCGCCAAGGAGCCGUGGUCCUCCACAUGUUCGGCAUGAUCUACAUGUUCAUAGCUUUAGCCAUCGUGUGCGACGAGUUCUUCGUCCCGGCGCUGACAGUGAUCACAGAGAAACUCUCCAUUUCAGACGAUGUGGCGGGAGCCACGUUCAUGGCGGCGGGAGGCUCCGCCCCGGAGCUCUUCACGUCCAUCAUCGGCGUCUUCAUCUCACACAGCAACGUGGGCAUCGGGACCAUUGUGGGCUCGGCCGUCUUCAACAUCCUCUUCGUCAUCGGGAUGUGCGCCAUCUUCUCCAAGGAGAUCCUGAACCUGACGUGGUGGCCCCUCUUCCGUGACGUGUCCUUCUACAUCCUGGAUCUGAUCAUGCUCAUCAUCUUCUUCUUGGAUAACAUUAUCACCGUCUGGGAAAGCAUCACGCUGCUCUCCGCCUACGCCACCUACGUGAUCUUCAUGAAGUUCAACGGUAAAGUGGAGGGCUUCGUCAAGAACUGCAUGCACAAGAACCAAGUGGUGGAGGUCGAGGUGCAGCCCAAGGCCAGGCCUCGCCUUCAGAGGGGGGGUAGUUCGGCUUCCCUGCACAACAGCCUGAUGAGGAACAGCAUUUUUCAGCUGAUGAUUCACACGCUGGACCCGUUGAGUGAAGAAUUUGCUGAUUCUGAGCUUGGGACUUAUGGGAAACUAAAAUAUUAUCACUCAAUGACUGAGGAAGGUAAAUUUCGAGAGAAGGCRUCCAUCCUACACAAGAUCGCUAAAAAGAAAUGCCAGGUGGAGGACAGCGAGAAGGCCAACGGAGUAGCAAGCCGUUCAGAUAAGAACCUCCCUAACAGCUCCAGCGUGGAGGUGGAAGUGACCCCACCCAUGAACGGAACGGUGGGGCAGGAGGGAGAGACGGCUGAAGACGAAGAAGAGGAGGACCAGCCUCUGAGCCUGUCCUGGCCUGAAUCCAACCGCAAGCGCUUCACCUACCUCUUCAUCAUGCCCGUUGUCCUGCCCCUGUGGCUAACGCUGCCCGACGUCAGGAAAACGUCGUCAAAGAAGUUCUUCCCCAUCACGUUCCUGGGUGCCAUCUGCUGGAUUGCAGGAUUCUCCUACUUGAUGGUGUGGUGGGCUCACCAGGUUGGAGAGACCAUUGGGAUUACAGAAGAGAUUAUGGGUCUGACUAUAUUAGCAGCUGGAACCUCCAUCCCCGACCUCAUCACCAGUGUGAUAGUUGCACGCAAAGGACUGGGUGAUAUGGCUGUUUCCAGCUCCGUGGGCUCCAACAUCUUUGACAUUACUGUUGGACUACCGUUCCCGUGGCUCUUGUGGUCCCUCUUCAGGGGUCUGAGUCCAGUGCAGGUCAGCUCCAACGGCCUCUUYUGUGCCAUUGUGCUCCUCUUCAUCAUGCUCCUCUUCGUCAUCAUCUCCAUCGCCGCAUGCAAGUGGCGCAUGAGCAAGCUCCUGGGCUUCAUCAUGUUCAUGCUGUACUUCGUCUUCCUGGUGGUCAGCGUCAUGCUGGAGGACAGGGUGAUCACCUGUCCGGUGUCCAUCUGAGGGGCUCGUUCCGUCAUCGCCACCGAUACCGACAACCUGUACUGUCUGCCCCUCGCCCUCGCCUGACCCUUGGGAUCCUUCGCAACGGGAAUAACUCAAAACGGAAGGAAACUGCAUUUGCAAUUUUAAAAAAUACGGAAACUUUCCGUGCUGCCAGGAAACUGGCGUUGACAGGAAAGUCAACAAAAGUUCAGCGUGGAAGGUUUUAUAUCAACCUAAACUGAUUGAAUUUUUACUUGUUUUAGUUUUGCUGGCAGGUGAGGACAGUAGAGUUGGUGGGCGUACGUGGAAAAUAGAAGUAUUAUGCAUGCCGUUAGUUUCACUGGGGGAGCUAAAGUCAGGUCCAGAUGUUAUAAAAAAAGGACAAAGAAAGAAACAAGAGUUGCACAUUGUAUGAACUAACCAACGCAGUGACAGAUCCUGAAUGGUGAGCUUGAGCCUAACAAACUGAAACACCAUUGUCAAGAAUGAAAAUGGAUGUAGAUGAUUUUUKUUUUCCAAAUGGGUUUCCUCCAUGAUGGUAUCAAGACUCUUUCUUUUUGUUUUAUUCAUCUCUGAGGCAGGCUAACUGGGCAGAAAUAUUUUCUUUUUUUCUUUUUGCAAAUCCAUCUGUGCUUCAGUCUGAACGGCAAUUUCGCUCCGUUUCCUGCCAGUUAUUAUUUUACACAAUAUGUUUUCUUUGAAGUCUUUUAUUUUUGGGAUCCCUUUCUAUUAGAUAUUAGAAUUAGCAGUAGAAAUAACAGUAUUAGKUAAUGAACACACUGUACAGAACUGUCUAUGCUUCACUUGUACUAAUAGAGGUAAAAAAGAAAAAAGAAAAAGAAAGGCGAGUAUAAAAGCCUAACGCUCAAAAUAAACAGUAGCCUUCGAUAUCUCGCACCAGUCGGGAAGAAAUGCAUGAGUACUUAGGCUAAUUAAAGUUCCAUAACUAAGUCAAUGUCAAAAAUAAUACAUGAAAAACUUUACAGUGUUUAAGCGUCAUGGUUUGACUUAGAUUAGUCGAUGUGUAGAGCUGCGUUCACAGUAGAAGUUGGCUCAAAUCACUGUCUAGUUAGGCUGUGGGGAUACAAGUUACAAAGCAUUAAAUGCAUGAAAAAGAAAAAAAAGAUCCUCAACAAGGAAUAAAAACCUAUUAAUCAGUUAUAUACACAAAAAUAUCAACUUUUCUCCAUCCCAUUUCAUUACUUUCCAAGGCAAGCCACUGCACAAUCUCUGUAGGAAACUAACACAAUCGAUUGAAGAUAGCUAGCAUAAUCUAUUUUUUUCUAACCCAAGGUGCUUUUWGAGAGCAUGUGCAAUCUGUAUUUAGAGACAAAGACCAUUAAAUGUACCCGAUGGUGGGCACAGGUAAUGAAAACAUUAGCUUCGCUAACUCAAAAUCUAACAAAAAUAUAGGUUUAGUAACUGUAAACCUGUAAAAAAUAAUAAAUUAGCUGAAGUGAAUGCUAACAAGUAAAAAUAACUUAAAGGUAACACUAACAGCUAACGGCUAAAUGCUAAGACCACUGUCACUCAGUCUGCGUCACGUCUUUGUCUCCUUUGACCGGAAGACUGAUGGGACUGGUUUUUCUAACGUUAGUUAGCUGUUAGCGGACUUAAAGUUGGGCGGACUUAAAGUUGGGAAAACCUAAUUUAGUGGAAGUUAAUUGGUCACCUAACAAUUUUCAAAGUUAGUGAAGAAGYUAAUCCACUAAACCAAAAAUUCAUUCCACAGUUGGCUAUUAGUUAGCGGGACCAAGCUUACCACAGAAUUUUUCCAUAGUGGCAAGUGACAUGUAUACACACCAGUUCGUGUAUAAUCGCAUGCUAAAAUCCAGUUUUACUACUUCCUCUUCCUUUGUACCCCUAUUAAGUAAUGUCAAUAACUGAUCCUUCAUAUUAAGAUUUUUCAGCAGAYUAUAAAAUGAAGUGCAAAUCACUUUGGUUUCUAUGGUAAAAAUAUUUUUAUUGGCACAAGAACAACGGUAAGGUCUGGUUUGAUACUAAUGGAUUUUGUUUGGCAUUAACCUUUAAAUAACAUAAUGUUGCAUGACACCAUUAGACAUUAUUGUCACUGUUUCAGUGGUUAUCUUGACAUCAUGGCCAAUGUUAAGAAGCAUAAAAAAUAUGGUUGUAUAGAAAGAAGUCUGUUGCAGGCUUAAUAAUUGCGCAUUUGACAUUGAGACUGUUUUUGUUAAAGGAAUCAGCGUCAACUGAUGGUUUAUGUGAUUUGGCCAAAGUCUCUCUCUAAGAUACAAAGGAUGUGUUAAUUACUCACCUAAUAGCAAUACACCAAGCGUCGUCCUCGAGAAUCCCAUCCUUCAUGUCUCUGGUCGUCCUUUUUCGUCCAGUUGAGAACUCCAGGACGUAAAGCGGGCAACUGGUUCUCCGGAAACGGAGAGCCGUUUUCUGUUUGAGCUGCUUUACCUCGACACACAGCCUCUGUACAGCAGCAUUGUAGGAGUUACCUGUAAAMUAUUAGUAAAUAAACAAAUUCUCUGAAUGUGUGAGGAAACGUUGCAUGCGAGGAACUUGGGCUGGAUACCCACGAACUGUACAGCAGAGCUUAGACCAACUGUAUGAUGCUACGUUGACUUUUAUGCACCCGUUCACAGAGAAACACCAAGAAAUCAUUGGCUUUAUUUUUUGUAAAUAUAUAGACUCUUUUGCUUUUUAGCAGCAACCAAAUGUUUAUAAUGUGUAUAAUCCUUUUUUUUUUUCUUUUGGAAUUGUGGAUUUAAAAAAUGACAUUUAUGCUGAUGACCCUUUAGUAGCGUAGCAUUUUAGCACCUGGUUAGCAUAGAUCAACUGUCUGUUCAAGUGAGGGCUUGAAAACAAUAGUUCAGAUCACUGAAGUGGGGUUCUGUGAGACAUUUGAGAAUAAUUAAURUCUUACCUGUUGUAAACAGCACUUUGAACAACCUAAUUUUGGAGAAAUACUGGUGGAUUUUGACCAGAUUCAUAAGCUAACGGCUAACGGCAGGACUCAGACCAAAGUGGAUUGCUGCCAUCGUUAAACAACUCUAAACUCAAAAGUUUCAUUGCGGUUCAUGUUAAAGCCUUUUUUUAUUUAUUUUGUAAACUUUUACAUUGUAACGUACAAAGUUAUUUAUAAAAUAACUGUUUACUUGCUAAUGAAAUUAGCAGCUGCUGUAGCACUUCCUGCAUAGCUUGGGGAACUUCCAGCAGGAAUAUCAUCAUCAUUCUGCCAAAAUAAAGGCUUAUCAAAUAGUUUUCACAUAAAACAGUGAACUUUGGUCUUUAACCUCACUUGCACUAGCCAUUAACUAAAAUUAUACUCCUAAUGGAUGUUUUUCCAGCAGCUAUCUACAACAAAUAAAGCAUUAAUUGUUCAACACAUUUCUACAGAACCACACUUCAAAAUGUCUGAAACACCCCUUUAAAUACCACAUUGCCUCCUUUAAUUCCACGAAGUUAUAGUGCCACUGAUGUUUCUGACAUUUCACAACAGGAGAAAAAAAACCUUUGCAUCCUAUUACCUGUUCUGAGUGGUGUGUUCUCGUGUUAUUAUUUUUACUUUAUCACCAUCCAGAUUGAAGGUGUCCGUUUAUUCGCUCUGAGAUGACUCACGAUGUGCUUCGUGAAAAAUUUUCACGUGCACGUUUUGCCAUUAAAACCUUUUCCUCGGAGCACGCGCACGCUCCGGUUAAUGCGAUCUCACCUCAGCUCUAGUUUCUUCUCACCCCGUCUUCAAAAGAAUAUAAAUGACAUGUUCCUGCUAUGAUGAGGUGAAGACUAUUUUUAUGCCUGUGCAGAAUACGGCAGACUAGACAGGACUAGUUAUUGGGGAAAAAAUAAGAUUUUUUGCCUACUAUUCGUGUCAUCUGCGCUAAGUCGAAAGUGUAAAAAGCUUAAAAUAUUUUAACUUUAAA